UUAUGUCAGCACUCAGAACGAUCAUUUUCCCCGUCAAAACCGUUCGACACCCCCGCUGCACACGUGGAAGUCAAAGCGUCGGGCAUCGGAACUUUCCUCCUGCCGGCGAAGAUGCAGCAGCCCAACUACCCACCGCGUGGUUACGGCGGCCAGGCUCCUCCCCAGCAGCAGCAGCAGGCGCCUCGCAGUGGCGGCGGAUAUGCGCCUCCCAAUCCUGCAUACGGCAACGUGCAGUACAAUCAGCAGCAGCAUCCCAUGUCACAGCCCACUGGAAGCCUCCCUGGCCGCGGCUUCCCUGGCGUUCAGCAGCCUCAAGCUCCCCACUCAGGUCUCGGAGGUCGUCCGGGCUUCCCUGGCCAGGUGCAGCAGGUGCCGGCCCCUGGCUCUCAAGGUUCUUUCCGGCCUGGCCAACAACUUGGCGGACCGCCAGCUCCGGGUUCCCAAGGCUCAUUCCGACCUGGCCAGCAACUUGGCGGCCCGCCUGCUCCAGGUUCCCAGGGCUCUUUCAGGCCUGGCCAGCAGCUUGGCCAACCGGGCCCUUCAGGCCCGCCAUCUAAUGGAGCAAACAGUGGCGUACCACAGGUGAACCGCGGACCGCCCGGCGCGGCGACACCAGGACGCAGUGCGUACCCUGGCCAGGGCUCGCCCGCGCCCGGAUCGUUCCAGAAUGCGACGCCUGCACCAGGACCAGGAUCUUUCCAGUCGGGACCUCCUGGCCCGCAGGGGCCACCGAGACAGCAAUUCCAGCAAGGCCCUCCCGGUCCAGGACAGCAGUUUAACAACGCUCCACCUCCACAGGGCGGCCGGCCAGGCCCUCCUCCUCCACAGUUUGGUGGCCAGAUGCAGGGCCCGCCUCCACCGCAGUUUAAUGGACAACAGGGACCACCUCAGGGAGGAGCUGCACCAUAUCUUCAGCCGAACCGAAAUGCUGGACCGUACCCAGGGCCCCCUGGGCCAGGAGGCGCUACACCACCCUACGGUGCACCUGGCGCUCCAGGUGCUUAUGGCCAGCCCCAACAAGGAGGAUAUCCUCAACAGCAGCAACCGCAGGCUUCUCAAGCCCCGAAGCAGCGUAUUGACCCGACCCAGAUCCCUCGUCCUGUUGUCUCGGCCGAGCGUGUGCAGUAUGUUGCGCGUGGCCACACAGUAACUAUGCCACCACCUGCUUCGAGCGACUAUGUGUGUGUGGAUGAAGGCUGUUGCAACCCGCGCUUCAUUCGGCCGACGCUGAAUCACGUUCCCGCUAACAAAGAACUGCUGAAACAAUGUGGACUGCCGCUGGCCGCAGUUAUCUGCCCACUUGCGGAUCUCCAAGAAGACGAACUACCGAUUCCGCUGGUGGACUUUGGACCUAAUGGCCCGUUGAGAUGUACACGCUGCGCUGCGUACGUGAACUCGUUUACCAAGUUUAUUCAGGGUGGACGAAAGUUCGUAUGCAACAUUUGUCAGCUCAACAACGAGACUCCGCGAGACUACUACUGCAGUGUGGAUCAGUAUGGCAAGCGCCGUGAUAUCCAGGAGCGUGCAGAGCUGUCACGUGGCUCAGUGGAGUAUGUUGUGCCUGCUGCCUACACGAUCCGUCCGCCGCAAGAGCCCAUUCUCGUAUUUGUGCUCGACGUGUCGCUCUUUUCGUUCCAGACGGGACUCGCUACAAAUGCCUUGCAGUCGAUUCAGUAUCUGCUCCCGUCGAUGGCCCAGAAUAAGCGCAAGAAGAUUGGUAUCGUGACGUUCGACACUGCCGUGCACUACUACCGAAUGGACAACGGCUCAUCGUCUAUCUCGAUGAGUAUUUGCCCCGAUAUUGAUGAUCCUGUGGCCCCGUUACCUCCUAGUAGCUGGCUGGUCUCCAUGGACGACCCUGCUGCUUCUGAUAAGAUCACCGAGCUGUCAGAAGUUAUCACGCGCUCGUUUGAGACCACUACAAAGAACCAGGCCGUGUCAGGUGCUGCGCUAUGGAGUGUAGCUGACGCUCUGUCCGUGUCAGGAGGACGAGUAGUGCUGCUUCAUGCUGGAGCUCCGCGCAUGGGCAUUGGCAGAGUGAAACGCGAGGAAGUUAGUGGCGCUUACGGUACCACGAAGGAGGUGGAUCUGUACACCCCUGAGGACAACAACGCGUACGAGACUUUGGCUCGACAGUGCGCUGAGCACCACAUUUCUCUGGAUGUGUUUUCGGUUGCCAACACAUUCGCAUCUCUGGCUGAUGUGGGUCGCGUGUGCGAAUUGACUGGUGGUCGUGUGCAGUACAUGCCUCAGUUCGAGAAGGAGCAGUCAAGUAAUCGUCAUCAUCUUACCAGUAUGCUGCAGCGACUUGUGGAUCGUGACUGUGGCUAUGAGGCAGUGCUUAAGGUGCGCUGUAGCGCUGGACUGCGUGUGGAGCACUCGUACGGUAACUUUUUCAAUGCGCGCGGCAACGCCUUUACGACAGAUGAGAUGGAGUUUGCUGUGAUCGACCAGGACCGUUCAAUGUGCGUAACAUUCGCGUACGAUGAGCCUCUUGCUGAGGGUACAGACGCAUACAUCCAAGCGGCUCUACUGUAUACGCGUAGUGAUGGUUUGCGUUGUGUGCGUGUACACAACUUGGCACUGCAAGUGGAGCCGUUGUUAUCGAAUGUGUUCCGCUUCGCUGAUCUGGACGCAACGUGCUCAGUGUGGCAACGCUCGGCAGCACGUCAGUUCGUGGACAAGCAGCUCAUGCGUGCGACUCCUAUGGCCGUCAAGGAGUCGCUGGUUGACCAGUGUGUGACCGUGUUGUUCAACUAUCGCAAAUUUUGUGCUUCGUCUUCAUCUUCUGGCCAACUUAUUCUACCGGAGUCUCUCAAGUUGCUGCCUCUGUACACACUGGCGACGCUCAAGAGUCGUGCAUUGCGUGGAAAUCUGGUGGGCAACCCUCCGCGUGGCUUUAUCGAUGUGCGUGCGGACGAGCGCGUUAUGAUGAUGGGACUGCUUAACAGUCUACCGGUAGAGUUCUGCGUAUCGGCCGUUUACCCGAAGCUGUACAGUGUCCACGACCUGGCCGAUGAUUGCUGCACAUUGGACGAAGAUGGCAAGUUCAUUCUGCCCCCUCAACUCCCGCCGACUGCUGAAAAGCUGGAUGAAGAAGGAAUUUUCCUGUUGCACUCAGCCAUGUGCUGCUACAUUUACAUUGGCCCCAAGGCCUCGCCAGAGUUGCUGCUUGAUCUCUUUGGCGUGGACCACGCUGACACCGCAGAGCAGACUCUUACCUUGUUUGAAACACUCGACUCUGAGCCGCCCGAGGGCGACGGGAUGAGUGCUCGAGAGCGACUGCGCUCGCUGGUGGAGUACUUGAACUCGACGAUCCCAAUCUCUCAGCCGCUGGAGAUCUUGACCAAGAAUGACUGGCGCGCCAACCGCUUCAUGAGUGCGCUUGUAGAGGACCGCACACGCAAUGAUGUCUCGUACGUUGAGUUUUUGGUCCAGGUGCACAAGAAGAUUCAGUACAAGUUCCACUAGACCUACAGAACAGAAACAGGUAAGAGGGUGAUUGCAAUGCGAUGGAAGCGACUCGACUCUUGCUUGCUGGUCAUCAAUACAGUGCGUUUUUGUCAGCAUUAGCAAGUUCAUUUGGUCAGUACAAACUACAGUAGGAGCGGUAUCCACGAGAACCUCUGAAGUCUUAAAUCCACGGCGUCCAUCCUUCGUACAUGACGCAGAGGUUGUCUGUCUUGGUGGCUUCAUCAAUGAGCCAUGAUGCUUGUUGCUCCACUGUCAAAACUGGUGGUGCACCUGUUAUUUCCGUGCCGGUGCCUGACAGUUUUUCCUCGAUGCGCUUGAGGACUUGCAGGCCGUAUUGACUCUUCUCCUCAACACUUCGAGGACUGCUCGCACAAGUGUCAUGCGAGCUGUUGUCGUUGCUGACGUCCAUCCCAGCGCUAUCUCCUGACUCCAAUGCAGCAGAAUCCUCUGCGGCACCAUUCUGUUCUUCAACAUCAGCUUCAUCUGGCAUGGAGAUGACUCCGCUCGCUCGGCUGUCGUCUUCUAUGUUGCUUGAAAGGCGAUCAGCCAUUUCAGUGGCUUCGAAGAACUGCUUCACACAUCCGCGCACAAGGUCUCGAGCCGCAAUAAGAAGCGAGAUCGAUGAGUCUCCAGCAUCUGCAACUGACGACUCACUCUUGACUACUCGCAGUGCCUCGACAAGAUCAAGUAGUAGCUGAAGCAACAAGUAAGCUCGUGACGACUCCUGGACGUCACCAGCACAUUGGUCACAGUCAAUUAAGAGUUGGUCCAUCUGAGUGUCAAAGUCGCGCAGCGCGCGGUCAAGUUGAAGGACUGCACCACGAAGAGAAGCACACAGGUCCCCGUGCUUUUCCAGCACCCCUUCCAGCUGCUGUAGAUGAUUGACGGAGCGAAUGCUACGAAGAAGAAUCUGUACAAGACGAUCGUUCUCCAUGAAGGAAAACCCUGCUACUGCAUUCGAAGUAGGGUGCUCAGGUGAGUCUCGCGAUUCAGUCUGCUGUUGGCGAUGACGCAUGCUCCCA